GCGCGUUCUUCUUCUUUCCUGUGACAGUACUUUCUCCAGAAUUCCCAACUCCCGAAGAUGUCCAUGGAAAAUCACCAAACCAGUGUUUUAUUAUUCAGUUUUUUUAUUUAAGUAAACGCCUAUGACCCUUUUCUGGGUGAUCUAAGCGUGACCUAUUGCCAUAACCAACGGACUAACUUGCUGUGACUCGAGCAAGCUGCCAUAUUUUCAAUGGCUCAAGAUUCUUCUGUUGCUGAAUCACACCAGAAAAAACCAGUUCUCUUAAAAGAACAAGUCCGUUUGGUUAAGAGAAAGGAUUCUGAUCGCUAUAAGAUUGUCCCAAUCCAAGAUACUUUGUCUUUCGAGAAGGGGUUCUUCAUAGUUAUCCGUGCAUGCCAAUUGCUAGCCCAAAAGAAUGAUGGAAUAAUAUUGGUGGGGUUAGCAGGUCCUUCUGGAGCUGGGAAGACUGUGUUUGCAGAAAAGAUACUCAAUUUCAUGCCAAGCAUUGCUGUUAUAUCAAUGGACAACUAUAAUGAUGCUAGUAGAAUUGUUGAUGGCAACUAUGAUGAUCCUCGUUUAACGGAUUAUGAUACAUUACUCAAGAAUCUCCAAGAUUUAAAGGCAGGGAAGGAAGCUGAGGCUCCAAUCUAUGACUUUAAGACUAGUUCUCGUAUAGGAUACAGGAUGCUUCAAGUGCCAAGUUCCCGUAUUGUAAUCAUCGAGGGAAUUUAUGCUUUGAGUGAAAAGUUGCGACCUAUACUGGAUCUUCGAGUAUCUGUCACAGGGGGAGUUCAUUUGGACCUUGUUAAACGAGUCUUGCGGGAUAUACAGCGUGCUGGACAAGAACCAGAAGAAAUAAUCCAUCAGAUAUCUGAAACGGUAUAUCCAAUGUACAAGGCUUUUAUUGAGCCAGAUCUCCAAACAGCACAUAUAAAAAUCAUAAACAAGUUCAACCCAUUUGCUGGAUUUCAAAGUCCCACUUAUAUUUUAAAGUCAGCAAGGAAGGUUACAGAGGAGCAAAUUAAAAAUGUUAUAUCAGAAGAACAUACAGAAACAAAUGAGCAGACUUAUGAUAUUUAUCUCCUACCACCAGGAGAAGACCCAGAAUCCUGUCAAUCAUAUCUCCGGAUGCGGAAUAAAGAUGGAAAAUACAAUCUUAUGUUUGAGGAAUUGGUGACUGAUGGUCCAUUUGUUAUAUCUCCAAGAAUUACUUUUGAAGUCAGUGUGCGUCUUCUUGGUGGACUUAUGGCUCUGGGAUACACAAUAACAACUAUCCUUAAAAGAAGCAGCCAUGUCUUCUCUGAUGAUAGGGUGUGUGUGAAAAUUGAUUGGCUAGAACAGCUAACUCGUCAAUAUAUUCAGGUGCAAGGAAAAGAUCGCAUAGUUGUCAAAUGUGUUGCUGAACAGCUUGGUCUAGAAGGUUCAUACAUUCCACAUACAUAUAUUGAACAGAUCCAACUUGAAAAGCUUGUAAAUGAGGUUAUGGCUCUGCCAGAGGAUUUGAAGACAAAACUCAGCUUAGAUGAGGAUUGUGUGUCAAGCCCCAAAGAAGCACUCUUACGAGCCUCUGCUGAUAUGGUUGCCAUGAGAAACAAGCAUCUGAAAAGAGGUAUGUCCCACUCAUAUUCAACUCAGCGGGAUAAGAAUCUAUCCAAGUUCACUGGAUAUACUGUGAACAACCAUAGGUUUGAUGAGAGGAACGAGUCAACAUCAGCUCUAGCAAAUCAGGGAGUCAUAACUCAGCUUUCAGAACAGAUUUCCUCACUAAAUGAGCGAAUGGAUGAGUUUACUACUCGAAUCGAAGAGUUGAAUUCCAAGCUGACAUUCAAGAAUAGUACUUCCAGCCAACAAAACAUGACUGUCCAAACUGAAGCAUGCAAUGGUUCUGCUCCCACUUCUUACUUUCUCUCUGGUUUAUGCAAUGGAUCCAUUAUGCCUAACUCUUCUUCCUCUCAGUUGGCUAAAGAGUCACCUCUAUUGGACGAGAUAUCAAGUAUUGCACGUGGACAACGGCAACUCAUGCAUCAGUUACACAACCUCAGCAAUCUUCUUCACAAGAACCUCGGAGAGGGACGUAACCAAGGAAAAGCACAAGGAAAAGGAAAAGCACAAGGAAAAGGCAUGAUGUGUGAUGCUGAGCCCAUUAAAGUUCCUCUAAUUUUAACAACACUAGCCAUUGGGAGCCUAGGAAUUUUCUUGUUCAGGGGCUUCUUCAAAGCUUAACCCAAAAUCGAUUCUCCUUCAGAUUUAUACUCAUUCAAAUCUUCUUUGGUCCUGCAUAGUUUUUUCGGCAGCGGCCCCCUUCUACUCCGGAAUGACAAAAACUGAUUGAUAGUUUAUGAGGUCGGAAAUAGAAGCUUCCAAGGAUAACUCGAGGAUUGGAAAGUAGAGAAGGGUGUUAUUGCAAAAUUUUCCACUUUGGAGGACCUUCAUAGUGAUGUUGCCAUUCUUAAAUCUACGAAACAGCUGAAAUUUGAAAUUUUUACAGUUUUGCUUCAACAGAAGUGAUGAUAAUAGCAUUCUUCUCUUCCUCAAUGUUUUCUAUUGAGUUUUUCCUUCUGCUUUAAAAGCUAAUAUUAUUUCUUCUCUUUGUGGACUGCUUUAUGAGAGGGUUUACCCUCUCUUUCUCAAAUUCCUCACCCCAUGGCAAGGUAAAAUUGUGUCAAGACAUCUUCUAAGGACUGUUAAAAUAAAAUUAUUCUAAAUAA